UUGUUUGGAAAAACCUCAACUACUACUAUGCAAAAAACAAGCACGCGAUUGAUCUCAAAAGCGUUGAAAUCGUGUUAACUGAUCGGUUGGGAAGUGUUUCUCUUGUUUUUGUUCAUAUUCAUCUCUCCCCCGCUCCCCUUUAACCUUCAAAAAAGAAAACCCAGAAAAGUUAUAGCAAGUAAAGCAAGUUAAUGAAGUCGCCGGCGUCGUUUCACUCGUUCGGGAGUAGUAGUAAUUACAGCCGUUCAUUUGACUUGCCGGAGGACUAUGAUGGCAGUGAUGAGUACGGCGUUGGUGGAGCAAUGUUGCCUAUUUUCCUCAGCGAUUUACAGAGGAAUAACGGGCAAGAACUCGUCGAAGUCACGCUGGAGCUGGAGAACGACUCCAUUGUGUUCUGUAGCGUGGCGCCGCCGCCUCCGGGUACUCCUUCGAUUGUUCCGGACGAGAGGGAGGCCUCGGUGGCUGGUUCGUCGGGAAUUUUAGCUAGAAGCCUAUCGGCGACAUCGAGGAUACGGAGGAAGUUCGCUUGGUUGAAGUCGGGAUCGUCGUCGAGAGCUUCGUCGACGGUGGAUAACGAUCAGGACCGUCGGAUCACGGCUCGCGACGAGAGGAGGAUCAAGGCGAAGCUCCAACGAACGAAAUCGAGCGCCGAGCGAGCGUUGAAAGGGCUGAGGUUCAUCAGCAGGAACACCGGUGCAAAUGACGCGGAGGAGAUGUGGAAACGAGUUGAGUCGAGGUUCCAGACGUUAGCUAAAGACGGAUUCCUUGCGAGAGAAGAUUUCGGUGAAUGCAUAGGCAUGGUGGAUUCAAAGGAUUUCGCAGUCGGCAUAUUCGAUGCACUAGCGAGAAGAAGAAGACAGAGAAUCCAGAAAAUCACAAAAGAAGAGCUUCGCGAUUUUUGGUUACAGAUAUCAGAUCAGAGCUUCGACGCGCGUCUUCAGAUUUUCUUCGACAUGGCUGACAGCAAUGAAGAUGGUAGAAUCACAAGGGAAGAAGUACAAGAGCUCAUAAUGCUGAGUGCUUCAGCCAACAAGUUAUCCAAGCUGAAAGAACAAGCUGAAGAGUAUGCUUCACUUAUCAUGGAAGAACUAGAUCCCGAGAAUUUUGGGUACAUUGAGUUAUGGCAAUUGGAAACUCUACUCUUACAAAGGGAUACAUACAUGAACUACAGCAGACCACUUAGCACAGCGAGUGUAGGUUGGAGUCAGAACCUAAGUUCUCUCAGACCCAAAAACAUGUUCCGAAGAGUUUGCUUUAAACUCCGGUGUUUGCUAUUGGAAAACUGGAGAAGGGGAUGGAUUUUGUUGCUUUGGAUAAUGGCAAUGGCUACCCUUUUCGUAUGGAAAUUCAUGCAGUACAGAAACAGGGCUGCAUUUCAAGUCAUGGGGUAUUGUUUAUGUACCGCCAAAGGUGCUGCCGAGACACUCAAGCUCAACAUGGCUUUGGUUCUUCUACCUGUUUGUCGAAACACAUUGACCUGGCUUCGUUCGACCGGAGCAAGAUCCUUCGUCCCUUUCGACGACAGCAUUAAUUUCCACAAGACAAUUGCGUGUGCAAUAGCCUUUGGGGUCUUGGUUCAUGCAGGAAGCCAUUUAGCUUGUGAUUUCAUCCGCCUGACCGAUGCCCCUCCCGAGAAAUUCGCUCUCAUAGCCUCUGAUUUCAGUCACGGCAAGCGACCGACGUAUACGGAGCUUUUGAUCGGUAUUCUAGGCGUGACGGGGAUCGCCAUGGUGAUUCUCAUGGCCAUUGCAUUUAUAUUAGCGACGAGUCACUUCCGGAAGAACGUUCUGCGAUUCCCUGCACCGUUCAAUAGAUUGACAGGAUUCAAUGCUUUCUGGUACUCUCAUCACCUUCUAGGUCUCGUGUACAUUUUGCUGGUGAUCCAUGGGACAUUCUUGUACUUGGCACAUCAGUGGUAUCAGAGAUCGACAUGGAUGUACAUUUGUGUUCCAUUGCUGCUUUACAUAGGGGAGCGUAGUGUAAGAACAAGUAGAGCAGAACAUUAUUCAGUAAAAAUAUUAAAGGUUUCAGUACUACCCGGAAAUGUCUUCAGCAUCGUCAUGUCGAAACCGCAAGGAUUCAAGUACAAAAGUGGGCAGUACAUAUUCUUACAGUGUCCAUCAAUCUCCCCAUUUGAAUGGCAUCCAUUUUCUAUUACCUCGGCACCAGGAGACGAGUAUCUUAGCGUUCAUAUCCGGACGGUUGGAGACUGGACUCGGGAACUGAAACGGGUUUUCACCCAAGUUAACGACUCGCCUUUUGUCAUUGGCCGAGCUAGAUUCGGUGGCCUUGGAUAUAUUGAUCACAACUGCCAACCUAAGUUACUCGUCGAUGGUCCGUACGGGGCUCCGGCACAAGACUACCGGAAUUAUGAUGUUCUCCUCCUCGUGGGUCUAGGAAUCGGAGCUACCCCUUUCAUAAGCAUCCUUAGAGAUCUCUUAAACAACUCAAGACCAGAAGACCAAAUGGAUACAACAGAAAUGAGUAGAUCAGAUGAUAGCUGGAACAGUCUAGCGUCUUCGAAUUACACGGCGAAUUCAAGUUUGUCUGUCAGUGGAAAGAAGAAGUCACCGAGGACUCAAAACGCUCAUUUCUACUGGGUCACAAGGGAACCAGGGUCAUUCGAAUGGUUUAAAGGAGUAAUGGAUGAAGUUGCAGAAAUGGACCACAAAGGUCAAAUCGAGCUGCACAACUACCUGACAAGUGUUUAUGAAGAAGGGGAUGCAAGAUCAACCUUGAUAACUAUGGUCCAAGCUUUAAACCAUGCUAAACAUGGUGUUGACAUCUUAUCAGGCACCAGGGUAAGGACUCAUUUUGCAAGGCCCAACUGGAAAGAAGUCUUCAGAAAAAUAGCUUCAAAACAUCCUCAUGCCACAGUAGGAGUGUUCUACUGUGGGAUGCCAAUGUUGGCAAAGGAAUUGAAGAAGCUAUCAAGUGAACUGAGUCACAAGACAUCGACAAGGUUCGAGUUCCAUAAGGAAUAUUUCUGAGUUUUCCCCAAUUGCAUCAAUGGAAGUACAUACAUGUCAACCUGCUUAUUCGUUUUUGUAACUAAUUCAUAUAGUAUUCAAAGAAAAUAUAGGCUGAGAUAUAUAAACAUAUUGUA